UCAAGGACCCCUCUCAGUCAGGAUCCCAACAUGGCGGCGUCUGUCAGGUUGUGCUGUGCCCUCCGCAUCACAGUCAGAGGUGCAGCACCACUGCGCACCAUAGGAGGAGCAGGUCAAGUGUCCCAGUGGGCCAGUCGAGCCUCUGUUACCUCUCUCCAAAGAAACCCGGCGCUUCCACUGAUCCCUGCACCAGCGUGGCAGCAAACUAGACAUGGCAGCUUCUUUAACAAGUUGACAGCUGAGCAGUUGUGGAAAGGAGUGAUGGCAGAGACGGGGGCCGGAGCCAGGAAGGGCAGAGGGAAGAGAACCAAACGUAAAAUGAGGAAAGACCUGAACCGAGGACAGAUCAUUGGAGAAGGUCGUGGUGGUUUUCUGUGGCCUGGUCUAAAUACUCCGGUGCUGAAGGACGGGAAUCUGCAGGCCAUUGGUCGGAGAGGCGAGAGCGAGCAGCUGGAGGUGCAAGCUGAACUAGUGCGUCAGAGGGACGAGUGGGAGAAGAGGAGGAAGAUGAGGGUGAAGAGGGAGAGAGGAUGGACAGGACACACUUGGGGGGGUGUCAGUCUGGGCCACCCUGAUCCUGGACCCAAUGGAGAAACCUAUGAAGAAUUUGAGUCACGUGUUAUUGAGUUGAAGAACGUGUUCAACAUGACGGCCAAGGAGGGCAGGAAGAGGUCCGUCAGCUGCCUGGUCGCUGUGGGAAACGGCAACGGAGCAGCAGGUUUCGCUUUGGGUAAAGCAGCAGACAGACAGACAGCUAUGAGGAAGGCCAAGAACAGAGCCAUCCACUACUUGUACUACAUAGAGAGAUACAACAACCACACCAUUUUUCAUGACAUUGAAUCCAGGUUCAAAAGAACAACUCUUCGCAUGAAGAAACAAAACGAAGGUUACGGUCUGCGAUGCCACCGUGCCGUCAUCACUCUGUGCAAGCUGAUCGGCAUGAAGGACAUGUACUGCAAAGUAGAAGGGUCCUGCAAUCUCCACAACAUCACCAGGGCUCUCUUCAAUGGAUUGACCAGUCAGCAAACCCACAUGACACUGGCAGAAAAGAAGCAGCUCCAUGUCGUUGAGUACAGGUCGGAGUGCGGCCCCCUGCCCAUAGUGGUGGGGAGUCCCAAAGAUGGAGUGCGACCCAACCCAGAGCCCGAGGACGAGAUCCCCAACACCCGGCUGAACUGGGGCGACGUUAAAGCCGCACAAGGAACCAAACGCUCCAUCUGGGCGGGCGUCAAACGUACCAUCUGGUAGUGCGGGAGUGGACUGAUGCCUGGGUCGGACCACAGAACAGAUGUUUGGACUGAAGCUUCAGACUUUUAACUCUGGCAAGAAAAGCUGAAAGUAUGGAAGCAGAUCCAUACGUGAAGAGCUCAUUUUCGUGAAGCAGAACGUCAGCUUUUGUUAUUCAUUUUUGAACAUGUGAUUGUUUUGUCAACCGAGAACAAAAGUUACAUGUUUUUCAAACUGAAGAUAUCUCAUUUGAAAACAUCAUUAACAGCCAGUGUUGUAACUCAAACUGUAGAUAUCAAAGUUUCCCUUAUAUCUGUCAGAAAAAAAUCUAUUUCCUCGUCCACAUGGAAUUGUCGCACAAUGUGCACCAUUGAAAUAAAGUAUAAAAUUG